CCAAUGUUCCUUUCCAUUCUAAGUAAGCAACAUCAUCUUAUGUAUUACUAUUCACCGUAGACGAAACACCAUUAUAUUUGUUAAAGCUUAUAGCUAUUACAAAGAAAAAAUGAAGAAAGUUAAGGCAUUUAUGAAACAGAUCACGAGUGCCUUCAAAACAAGACUCCUCAUGUUGUCCCUCGUGAAAGACAAGAAGCUAGGGUUCCGCUCAAUUUCCAACAAGAUCCACAACCUCCUAGGUCAUGCAGAUCAAGACCAAGACAACGACCACGACCAAGACGAGAGCAAGGCUAUAAUCCUCUACAAUAAUGGGGUAUCCACAGUGGCUAACCAUGAGAGUUACGACGUACAGGAGGAAAACGACGAGUAUCCUGAUAUGACGCACAAGUUGUUCGAAGGAGAAGAGGAUUUUGAGGAGUUGGAGGAAUGUCAAGGAAGUUCAGUGAUAGAUAUGGUGAGGAGCUCGAAGGAGGAAGAAGGAGGAAGUUUCAAGCUAGAAGAUGAGAUCGACCAUGUCGCAGAUCUCUUCAUUUCAAGGUUUCAUAAGCAGAUGAAGCUUCAAAAACUCAUGUCAUUCAAGAGGUAUCAGGAAAUGCUAGCCCGAGGCACUUAAAAAUCAUAUAUAUAUACAUACACAUGCAUGUUGCCACACAAAUAUUAUGAUCAUAAAUACACAUGCAUGUUGCCACACAGAUAUGAAGAAAAGAUUCAUAUUGUGCGUUCUUGAUCCUAAAUCCUCCAUGCCUCGUAUUUGCUAGGAUCAAAUAUUAUGAUCUAUUAAUGUUUUUUUAGUUAUCAAGUUGGGGUUGAAAGAAGGAUCUGUUUUGCAAUGUGUUUUCUCCUCGAGGUUAUUAUAUAUGUCUAAGAUCUUUGAUGUGUUACAAUACUCUUCUUCUUUUCCUAUUUGGCUUCACAUACCCAAGGUCUUAACUUAAAUAUUAUUGGUCCUUCAUUUCAUUUACUCAACUCAGCAGUUAUAUAUCAUGAUGUGU